AUGGCCCCUGCAAAUCGAGCAAAUUGGGACCAGGUAGCUGAUAUCUUUGGCCUCGACUCUAACUAUCGAGCAGAGGCGCUUCGAAUCAGUUCAAUUACAGGUGAUGAUAACCGUUAUUAUGCACUUGUGUGCCUCAACCAGAAGGCGCGUCAAGAAUCAGUCAAAAAUUCAACCCGUAGUCAUCUUGACUGGACACCAAAGGCGACCCUUGCAGAUGAACUUAAAAAGAUGUUACGCUUAAUCCUACGGGAUAGUUCGAUUGAAUCGUACACCGAUACUUUGAACUCAAGCAAAACAAUCAUUUCGGGGUCCUUUCAUCGGAAGGCUAUGCAAGCUAUCAUGAACCAGACUGAUUCCUGGAAGGCUGAAUUCUUACCGCCUGACUUCGGAACUACAUUAGAUGAUCUAUUCAAUCAUGACAAGUUUAUCAAAUUUUUAAAAGCAAAGCUCCGACAUGCUCGAGAUGAUUUCCGAGCAGAGAUCAUGACAAACAUCUGGGUUCCAAAAUCCAAAAUCAACGAGCCUCAAAUUGAAGUACCGGAUCUCGAAUCUCUGCUUGGACUUUUGUAUCGUUUCUUUGAUCGAAAUGAAUCCCGUACACCGAAAGAGUUGAAAAGACAGGUGGACGCAAAGACCCAAGCUCGGUUUGCUUAUCUUAGAAUUGAGAUUAGUAUUUAUCAUGAUACAAGCCUGGAUGAUCGCAAGAAGAACGGUGGUUUGACCUAUUGGGGUUUGAUCGAUCGCAAAUUGGCUGAACUUCGUGACAAAAGUCGGGAACAUCGCCGAGCAUUCAAUGCAGUUGUUCUCGCUCGAGAUCAAGGCCUUUUCAACGGAAAAAACAAAUGGGACAAAAUCAAGUCCGAUGACAAACUUGAAGUUCCUACUCAAGAAGAUGUUUUAACUGCCAUUCCUUUCCUGCCUGGAAAUGCUAGUUGA